AUGAAACUAUCAAUUGCCGUACUGUCAUCAAUCCUUGCUGUCUGCUCAGUUACUACAGCUGGUCCAGUUUACCCCAGUUCGGCCACAAAUGCUGGAGCUAGCACUUCGAAAGCCUCUACAAGCGGAGCUUCAGCUGAUGAAUCUGACUCUCCAGAAUUUCCUACAAAAGAUGGGCUUAAGAAAUAUUGCAGUCCAUUUGGUACUACCCAAGCGUCGUUGAUUGAAGAAAUUGCAAAAACUCGGGCUAGAAUCGACAAAAUGUUGGAGAGACUUGAAGGCGUACGUCAUAACACCAGUAUUCAAAGAAGAGUGGUUCUUGAAACGGUGCAAAAAUUCGAGUCUCUGAAAAAAACUCCGGGUCAGUUGUUGGAUAAUGCUGAAGAUGAGUAUAAUCUGCAUCAAAAAAAACUUGAAGAACUUGAAGAACGUCUGGAGGAACGUGUUAAGAUAGCUUGGACUAAGAUUGAGGAAGAAAAGGAGCUCAAGAAAAUGCUCGUACAUAACUUGUCGUCUAGAUCAUUGAUGAGGAGUGAUUCCUCACUGGGAAGAGUUCCCGGAUAUAGUCAAUGCUUCUAUUAUUUCUUUAAUUAUUUUAUGGAAGAACUCGUAUAA